GCUGGGAAUCCAGAUGCAUAAAAGGGCUCCCACUCUUCACGCAGAGACAUCACCCACAUGCAUCUGUGGCUGGUUUUAAUCUCUCCGGCAAGCUCCAAGGCAACAGCAGCCCUUUGCCCAGAGAGAAAACCCAGGCAGGAAGAGAGGAUGAGGGUUUCUGCAGUGGCUACCUUUGCGGUGCUUUCCGUUCAGUUUUGCACCCUGGCUCAAGUCCGUGGGAAAUGGGCUGGGAAAGGGCUGGUGGACCCAGCAGGGGCUGGAGGGGCCAAGAAGCCUCUCCACACACCCCGUGAAGGAGACAGAGAGGCGGAAGCCCAAAGGCUGCCUUCUGCCAGGUUGCGGAAGAUGGAGGCAGGAGCUGGAGCAGGUGGCAGAGCCCACAGCAGAGCGGCAAGCAAACCCCAACCGGGACAUGUCAAACAGAAGGCCAGCGGCAAGAAGCAGGUUCCCCAGCUGUCCCCUCCGAGAAGUAUGAGCCCAGGACUUCAGAACUACUUGAAAGGACAUGGGAAAUUUAACACGGAUACGUAUUCCUGCCCUGGGAUUCAGUCAAAGGCCUGCAGAAAACCCUCAGACUGUGAUGGCUGUCUGGGCCUCUACACCUGCAAGCUGCCGAGAGGGAAGUGUGACCUGAAAGCAGUUUCCCGUGAAACAGGUGGUUUCUUCCAGAAUAUCCAGAACAGAUAAAAAGACACUGAGUUCCUGUCAGACUUUUAAAAAAGGAGCUGGCAACAAACCCCAACA